GCUCAGGCUUUACCGUAGAGAGUUGAAUUUUCGAACGGAUAUUGGUUUGUUUCAAAUCAUCGCCUUCACCGGAACAUCUAUAAAACUUACAACUGACGAUCUGUGGAGGUGCUCUAAAUUUUUUUUAUCAAGUUCUUCGAGCCAGCCAGCUUCGAAGGAUUUAUUUUAUACAUUCCGAUACUCGCGAUUUUUAACGAUCGACUCGUCUUGUUGCCAAAGACUUUAAAUUCCUCUUCAAAUCACUACUAAGAUACACACGAUUCAAAACACCAUGUACGGACUAAGCAGUGAACACAACGUUGUACCCGACCCAUCAGUGUAUGCCCAGGAGUUGAUUUCAGAUGAUCAAUCGCUCUUUGAUUCCUCAUUCAAUGACCCCUACAAGCCGCUGAAACCAGCGCACAAAAGCGAUGGCAAUUACUUCAACAAAAAGCGACCUUUAGAGGCUGAACUGGACGAGCCACUCGCUAAAAGACCUUAUGUACCAAACAACGACUUCGCCGAGAGAAACUCGCCCUCCCCUCUCCCACAAAAUUUAUCGCACGAGAAGCGAGUCAUCGUGCCAGCUGACCCUCUGUGCUGGACUAAAGAACAUGUACGGCAGUGGAUACAGUGGGCAAUCAAAGAAUUUAGUCUUAAAGACAUCGAUUCUGAAAGGUUUAACAUGGAUGGCAAGGAACUUUGCAAGUUGACAAGAGAAGGUUUCAUGAAGCUAGCUCCAGCAUACAAUGGAGAUAUUUUGAUGGCACAUCUGUGUGUGUUGAGAAAAACUCCUCUCCCAAAUUUGACAUCUGAUGACAUCGAUAACGCACUCGCCCCCGCAUCGUCUCAAGCUUCCUACCACGCCCCUUCUCCGCCACUUUUUGAUUCAAGACAGCACCCAGUUAUCACUAGCAAUCCUUCUGUGGCCAGAAGCUCAGAGCAUGGACUUCCAGGAAGAUUCACCUCAAAUGAUUCCAUGGACAGAAGCACACCCUCUUGGUCAACACCAUCCUCAACAGCAAGACUGUCGCACAUGAAAGACAGCGUUGUUCCAUCCAGACCAUUGUCUGUACCAGAAUCGCAGUCACUCCAGAGCUCUUUCUCUAAUGCCAGCGUUGGAAACCGCGCCGAACCCGCAAGUACGGGUAGCGGUCAGAUUCAGUUAUGGCAGUUCCUUCUCGAACUCCUGUCGGACCCGAAGAACUCGACUUGUAUCGCUUGGGAAGGCGCGAAUGGUGAAUUCAAGCUCGUAGAUCCGGACGAGGUUGCCCGAAAAUGGGGCGAGCGUAAGAACAAACCGAACAUGAAUUACGACAAGCUAAGCCGAGCUCUGCGAUACUACUACGACAAAAACAUCAUGACGAAGAUCCAUGGCAAGAGAUACGCUUACAAGUUCGACUUUCAGGGAUUGGCUCAACUCAAUCAGCCAAUUACCUCAGACGCUCAAGCACAUGCACAAGCCGCCUACAAAUUCCCAGGUUCUGACUUUUACGCUGGCUUCCCCACCGCUUCAUCGUUGUUCUCCCACCCAGCCGCUAACAGCUGCUACCCAAUGUCUUACUGGGCACGAGCACCACCCGCUUACCCACAGUCAAGACCCAUGUAUGGACCUCCGCUUGGCGCCGGAAUGACAUACUACGCUUAGAAUCUACGUGAAAAUAAAGGAACUUCAUAGAUAAAAUGACUUUUUCUGCUUCGAAUUUGCAGAAGAGGAUUUCGACAUUCCUUAGAGGAAUAAUUUUGUCAACCAAAGUGCUAUUUAUUUAUAGAAGAAAAAAGACAGAAGCUUGUAAUUCGUUUCUGAACAAAAAUCUUAAGACCAAAUGUAGGGACCAUGAUAAAUCUUUUAUUAAAAAAAAAAUCAGAACACACUUCCUUGAGUUGCAGCCACCCAAUAUUAGGGUGAUACUGCUAGUUUUGUUACAGAAAGCCUUCUUUUCAAAUACACCUGGGCAUGGUAUGUUUGAAACAGAUUCUUAUGUACAGUUUCUGUAAAUAUCAAAUAACAGUCAGUUAGGUAAUGUUCAAGUUAGUCCAUUACAUUUACGUUGAUGUUCGAAAGGAAACAGUGACUGUAUAUUUUAAGAGGAAUGCAAACUGCAUAAAAUAUUUAUGACACAAGAAACGUUUUAUAAAUAAUAUUGUAUAUUUGCUUAUGCGGAGAUCUUUAUAAAUUGUCAGAGAAAACAAAAUAGAUAAUUUAUAAUAUUUUACAAUUUUUGUACACGACUUGAAAUGUCGCAUAAUUUGGUGAGAAGGAAGACAACCACAUUGUUGGAUGUAAAUAAAAGAAAUAUGUUUUUAUUUCCUUUA